GCUGUUGCCGUUGCCGCCGCCGCCGGGAUGUGGGGGUGAAGUGACAGCGGGAGCUGCCGCUGCCUGAGGGAGGGGCAGUGCCGGGCACCCCGCUCCGCCCAACCCAGGGGCCUGGGGCCGCUGCAAGCAACCGCUGCGGAAGGGAGAAAGAUGCGUUGAGCCGGUCGCUGGAAAGGUACUGCUAUGUGGAUAUUUGUUAGCAAUGACUGAUGUGGAAUCUACAUAUGCAGACUUCAUUGCCUCAGGAAGAACGGGUAGAAGAAAUGCUUUACAUGACAUACUUGUGUCCUCUCCAGGUGGGAAUUCUAGUGAACUAGCCUUAAAGUUAUCAGAGCUUGAUAUAAACAAAGCAGAAGGAGAAGGAGAUGCCCAACGAAAUCCAAGUGAGCAAACCGGGGAGGCCCAAGGAGAGGCAGCAAAGCAAGAGAGCUGACAUCCAACUUUGACCGACUGGAGCAGCUGCUGGAUGUUUUCAGACUACAAGAGCAUGCUGGAACAAAUUUGUUUCCAUGAGCAAGCUGGUGGAAAAGAAAGUGCAUGUGUCUUCACUGCUGGAACCCACUCAACACAACACUAAAAAUGGGGGUACAAGCUGUGGCAGAAGACAGAAUUUUCCCUACCUCUGUCAUUAGCAAUGGUUGAAGGUGUUAUUGAGUUCUUGGGAUAGUGUCACCUGAUGGAUCCCUUCGUAAUGACUACUUGAUGGGAACACUUCUAAGAAGUAGAGCAGGUAAAUCUUGUAGCAAAUGGCCUUUGUCACGUCAGAGGAUCUAAUUGUGUAUCUUAAGCAAAGGCUUGCGUGAUCCUCAGAGGCUUAAAAUUCUCUGGCCAAAGUGUUCACCCCUUAAAGGACUGUAAGGAAAGCACCAUUUUUAGAACUCUCUGUCUGUUUUACAGCCCUGUUCUUUACAAUGGGUUUUGUAUCGUACGACUUAGAUGCUCCACACUGCCCCUUCUCGACUGCUUAUGAAGGAUAUUUCUGUUACUGUGAAUUUUUCUACCAUGCAUUUUGAAAGGGCUGGGGUGGGGGGGGUUGGUUUUUGGUUGGUUGUUUGGUUGGGGUUUGUUGUUUUUUUUUUUGCAUAACGUGGUGACGUGCACAUGAUAGAUUUACAACCUCAACUGCUACAUUUGACUCUGCCUAACCUAAAUGACUUGGCAGCACUCAUCAUUUGGUACUAGCUGAGCCUCCAAACCCAGUUGUUAAUGUGAAUACUUCAGCGUGUUUUGUGUCCUUGAUAACGGUUUUGCCCCUUGCCUGUAGUUAGUUGCACAUCAGAGACUCCAAUUGAAGCUUUUACGUUCUUACUCCCCAGUUUUCUAAUUUUUACCCCCAAUUUCUUAAGCUUUCUCUGAGGUAUUCUUUUUAAAAUGUUAGUCCAAGUAUUUUAUUGUCAAGGGUAGUUUCAAGAGUACAUUUAUAGCCUUGUUUGGGUGAAAAUUCAAACAAAUUCCGUGGUGCUAGAGGUUUUGCUGGUUCACGUUGUUCGAGAUGGGCCUUGUUUACACAUGGGGGAAAUAACUGGCACAGGUUAUUGCCAAUUACGUGUUCUGGUAAGAGUUUUUGUUUGCAGUAUAGUCUAGUAGUGGAUCAGCCAGGGCGACUAUGUUUUCUAUUCCUUGCCUUUGCCUCAGUGGAUCAGGCUGUUGAGUUUGCACAGCUAGUAGCCUGUUACUGAUGCAUCAGAUACAUCUGAGUGCUCAAAGCUGCUACAGCAGCCUUUUGACUCAGAGGUGGAGAGGGAAGUGGGAGAUUUGGUAUCUAGAACUCAAAAGACUGGACUCUUUGCUUCUCAGCUAUUCCAACAUGACAGUUCAAACUGGACCUCCACUGAAAUACCAGGAUAGUUUGUCCAUCCGAGGGAUUACUUAAAUCUACAAAUGAAAAACCUAUUCUGCAGUAGCUGUGCUGAUUUUCCUUCCCUGAUCCUGCCCCAACAGAUAAGGCCAGAUGUGCAGAGAUGUGGUGCUAAGGGACAUGGUUUAGCACCAGACUUGGUAGUUAGAAAAUGGUUGGACUCAAUGAUCUUAAAGGUCUUCUCCAACCCAAACAAUUCUGUGAUUCUGUGAUUCUCUGAGGCUGAAAGCUACAGAACAGGGCAGCCACCCCUCUGUGUGACUACGGUGAGCAAGGAGAGGGACUGACUUGUAAACCAUGGAAAUCACAUCAGCACCAGUCACUUGAGUCAGAAAGAUUUGUUUUCUUUUAUUAACAGGAGGUGAUGUCACUUUAUAUAUAGUAUAUAUAUAUAUAUUAUAUCUAUUUUUGUGUUGUUGUUGGUUUCAAGUGUUAUGCACUUUUUAAUGUUUGUAAACUUUUACUAAUAUGGAUAGUGUGAUUGCUUCUUGAAUAUACUAAUCAUCAGUUACCAAAUCAUCUUUGUGGCCACUGCUGUUUGUUUCUACCAUAUGCAUCAUAGUACUUGUCACCUGAAAUUCUUCUGUGAGAUGUGUGGAGAAAACAAACAAACAAAAGCAACAACCCACAACACUUCUAAUCAGUAUUAUGAGCUCAUUUAUUAGUGUUAAUAAAAAAACCCAGCAAAAACACUGCAAAAAACAAACUAGCCAGCAGUUUGCUUGUGGUUCAUGAGUGUAUUAUUAACUCUCACCUUUUCUGGUUUGGAAGCUGAAUGCCUUGCUGUCCUAUUAGCUGUCGAAUGCCCUGUCCUCUUGGUAACAGAAGUAGUCCAUUUGCUUUGAAAACCCUCUUACCUUUAAACUAAUUAUUUACCCUUUUGUUUUGCUUGGUGUUCCUUUCAAAGUUAACAUAUAAUUAUUAUUGAUUUUUUUUUAAUU